AUGGGCCCCGCGCCUGAUGAUGGAGGCUCAGCGAUUGAGGACCCCCGACCCGACGACGAACUCAACAACAACAACAACACCAACGCAAACACCACCUCUUCCGAGCCCGCAGUCCUGGCUGGCGCCAACAUCCGCACGAGAGCCCGGACCAUGACGAGCACCGAAGAAAUCGACAAUACCAUCAUCCGGCCGGGCUCCGUCCGUAUCAACGUCAAGGGCGCCUUCAUCGUCGAUCCGGACUCGAGUUCUCCGAGCAACAAUGGCCGAGGUUCGCCGACCCACCACGAGACGAGCGAUAUCCGCCUGCCCAAUCACCAUGCCGUCGUGAGCCAUAUCGCCGUUGAUAUUGGCGGCUCCCUGAUCAAGCUCGUCUAUUUCACGCGCGAACCUCACUCUGCCGAGCCUGGUGGCCGCCUCAACUUCCUCAACUUCGAGACCGAUCGCAUCGACGACUGCAUUGAGUUUAUGCGCCACCUCAAGGAUAAGCAGCAGACCCUCAAUGGCUCCAAGCCGAACGAACUGAGCGUCAUGGCGACCGGAGGUGGCGCCUUCAAGUUCUACGACAAGAUGCGGGACGUCCUGGGCGUAGAUGUGCUGCGCGAGGAAGAGAUGGAGUGUCUCAUCAUCGGUCUCGACUUCUUCAUCACCGAGAUACCCCGCGAGGUCUUUACCUACAGCGAGACCGACCCUAUGCACUUUGUCUCGCCCUCGGAGAACAUCUAUCCCUACCUCCUUGUCAACAUUGGCUCCGGUGUCUCACUCCUCAAGGUUUCGGGCCCCCGCGAAUAUCAGCGUGUAGGCGGAACCUCGCUCGGAGGUGGCACGCUGUGGGGUCUCCUCUCUCUCCUCACCGGCGCUCGGAGCUUUGACGAGAUGCUCGACCUGUCCGAACGAGGGGAUAACGCCAAGGUCGAUAUGCUCGUCGGCGACAUCUACGGCGGCGACUACGGAAAGAUUGGUCUCAAGAGCACGACGAUCGCUUCUUCGUUCGGCAAGGUCUUCCGCAUGAAGCGCACAGCCGAGAACGAAGCCGAGGACCACGGUGGUCUGCAUAACGGCGACAACAAAAACGUGGGUCCUUCUUCAGACCCGGCCGAGCCAGCCGAGGAGGACCACCAAAACGCCGCGGAGCACGCCUCAGAUCAACCGUUCUCUGGUGCUGACAUCUCACGGUCUCUGCUAUAUGCCAUUUCGAACAACAUUGGCCAGAUUGCCUUCCUCCAAUCGCAAAUCCACAACCUCGACCACAUCUACUUUGGCGGCUCAUUCAUCCGCGGCCACCGGCAAACGAUCAACACCCUCAGUUAUGCCAUCAAGUUCUGGUCUCAAGGCAAGAAGCAGGCUUACUUCCUCCGCCACGAAGGCUACCUCGGCUCGGUCGGCGCCUUUCUUAAGCGCCAGCCGCGCAACUGGGGUCGCCGUGGUUCGUUCGAGCAGGCGGAGCCUCUUGAGCGCAGGCUGCGGGAUCGCAGAAUUCAUGAUGCGGAGAUGCAGAGUCUCGUCGAUGACUACGCCUCAGAAUCGGGACGCGAAUCGGGACGCGAAUAA